CCGAGUGGGGCUGCGCGCGCCGCCGCUCCGGAAGCGCAGCCGCUGGCGGGAGGCGGGUCCCGGCGCUGCCCUCGGAGCCUCCCGGGGCCGAGAUGCGCCGGCCCGCUGCGCCCUGUUCCCAGGGGCCCUGCCGCGGCGGCGGAGGCGGGGCGGCCCUGCAGGAGCAGGAAGGCCGUGGCACUCCCCAGCUGCUCUUGUAACAGUGCGUCGCAGCGCCCGAGACCAAGAGCCUGGGUUUGAUUUCGCCUCCGGAUCAUCUCAGCAUGGGGAGCUGUAAAAUGGGGACAAAAACAGCACUCACCUCACAAGGUUGUGGUGAAGAUCAAACGAGGCCCCAUUUGUUAAGCACUUCGCACAGUGCCUGGCCGGCUGUCGUAGGCCCGUUAUUGUAAUGUGCAUUUUCAUUCUGCGCUGAGUCAUGCUGCACAGAGUAAUGGAGCUGAAGAUCCAGUAACUGUCCUAGAUGAGGAUGUGGAUUUCUGAGGGAUCCUCAGCCCACAGGAUCAGCGUCUCCUGCUUGUUUCCUGCUUCCUGGCAUUUUAGCAUCUCCCCAGUGGGAUGCCCUCGAAUCCUGAACACCAACCUGCGCCAGAUUGUGGUCGUCGGCAUCCUGGCUGCUGCGGUUUCCCUGCUGUACUUUUCUGUCAUCAUCAUCCGGCAUAAGUAUGGGCGCUUGUCCCGGGAUAAGAAGUUUCACAGGUACCUGGCUCGCGUGACGGACAUUGAAGCCACUGACACCAGCAACCCCCACAUCAAUUAUGGGAUCGUGGUGGACUGCGGGAGCAGCGGGUCGCGGAUCUUCGUCUACUGCUGGCCCCGGCACAACGGCAACCCGCAUGAUCUGUUGGACAUCAGACAGAUGAGGGACAAGAACCGGAAGCCGGUGGUGAUGAAAAUAAAACCGGGCAUAUCAGAGUUUGCUACCUCUCCGGAAAAAGUCAGUGAUUAUAUUUCUCCACUUCUGAGUUUUGCUGCAGAACACGUGCCACGGGGAAAACACAAAGAGACCCCUCUCUAUAUCCUCUGUACGGCUGGGAUGAGAAUCCUUCCGGAAAGUCAGCAAAAAGCCAUCCUGGAAGAUCUUCUGACAGACGUCCCAGCACACUUUGACUUUUUGUUCUCUGACUCUCAUGCCGAGGUUAUUUCAGGGAAGCAGGAAGGUGUCUAUGCUUGGAUUGGCAUUAACUUUGUCCUUGGGCGAUUUGAGCACAUUGAAGAUGAUGAUGAGGCCGUGGUGGAAGUGAACGUUCCUGGAGCUGAGAGCCAAGCAGCCAUUGUCCGCAAAAGGACAGCGGGUAUUCUGGACAUGGGCGGAGUGUCUACCCAGAUAGCGUACGAAGUCCCCAAAAGUGAAGAAGUAGCCAAAAAUUUGCUUGCUGAAUUUAACCUGGGCUGUGACGUCCAUCGCACAGAGCACGUGUACAGGGUGUACGUUGCCACCUUCCUUGGCUUUGGCGGCAACGCGGCCCGGCAGCGCUAUGAGGACAGCAUAUUCGCCAGCACCCUGCUGAGGAACAGGCUCCUGAGUAAGCAGACGGGUCUAACUUCCGAUACUCCCUACCUGGACCCUUGCCUUCCCUUAGACAUCAGGGACGAAAUUCAGCAGAACGGGCAGACCAUGUACCUUCGGGGAACCGGAGACUUCACCCUGUGCCGGAAGACGCUUCAGCCUUUCAUGAACAAGACCAACGAGACCCAGACUUCCCUCAACGGGGUCUAUCAGCCUCCAGUUCAUUUCCAGAACAGUGAAUUCUACGGCUUUUCAGAAUUCUACUAUUGCACUGAGGAUGUGUUAAGAAUGGGAGGAGAUUAUAAUGCUGCUAAGUUUAUUAAAGCUGCCAAGGAUUAUUGUGCAACAAAGUGGUCUGUCUUGCGGGAACGCUUUGACCAGGGCCUGUAUGCCUCUCACGCUGACCUCCAUAGGCUAAAGUAUCAGUGCUUUAAAUCCGCCUGGAUGUAUGAGGUGUUUCACCGAGGCUUCUCAUUCCCAGUUAAUUAUAGCAAUCUAAAGACGGCCUUGCAGGUGUACGACAAGGAAGUGCAGUGGACACUGGGAGCAAUCCUCUACAGGACCCGGUUUUUGCCUUUGAGAGACAUCCAGCAGGAGACUUUCCGGGCGGGCCACGCGCACUGGCGGAGCUUCUCGUUUGUCUACAACCACUACCUGUUCUCGGCCUGCUUCCUGGUCGUCGUCCUCUCCAUCCUGCUCUACCUGCUGCGCCUGCGGCGGAUUCACCGGCGCAUGCUGUGGAGUGGCUCGGCAUCCUCCCUCUGGAUGGAGGAAGGCCUCCCCCCCCAGAAGAUGGCUGGAGCCUUGUGAGCCGGGGCACAAGGGUCCGGGGAGACUCAGAAAGAAAAAGCCAUUUUUGCCUCAGGGGUUCUUUUCAUUUCUCCCUUUUUUUUUUUCCUCCCCAUUUGGUCCCUUCAAAUAACAACAAAACAAUUUUUAAAAGAUCUGCUUUCCCAGCAGUGUGGUGUUCAUUUAUUGUUGGAAACUGCUCAGGAUGGGGAAGGCCGCGUUCUGCUGGAGUCCUCAGGACUCCUGGAUGUUCUCAUGGUGAAGGCACUUUGCUCUUGGGGCAAGGGUGGGGCUGAGAGGACUCUGCCGGCCCAGCCACUGUGGCCGUUGGGUGUCUAUGUUGCGGACCCGCUGCUCUGAGAUUGCCCUGAGAAUGGUUUACAAUCCCGAGCCUUCCAGAGGGCACAGACCAGGGCUGGGGGUGGGACAGGCAGUAUGUAUGCUCCUCUACAUCUGCAUGGUGUCUGUGGAGGCGUCGGAUUUAAGAUGUGUGCCCAAGGAUGAGGAACCUGCUUCCAUUUGGGACACUUGGUUCAAACAAAAGAAAGCAAGCUUCCAGAUGGCUUCCGCUUCGUCCCCCUGGGGAGAAGGCCGCCCUUGACCCACCAAAAGCCACAAUCCCCUUCCCCUCCCAUCCUCGUGUCCCAGGGGCCCCUUUGGCGCUUUGCAGUCUGAGAAAGGUAGGGACUCGGAGAGUUCUUUGUCGCUGGUUUUUUGGGCCUGGCUCUUUCUCCCCGUUUUCCUUCUUUAAAUUGAUGCCUUGAAACUUGACUGAAGUGGCACUUACUUAAAAGCUGUAUUUUUGCAGGGGAGAAACCCCAGCUGGUGGGGGGCUCUCACCCUGUUGUAAUGAGAUUGCAUCAGCAAAACUCUUAUAAAAACCUGAA